AUGAGGUUAUCUGAUUGGCUUGUCGUGUGCAUACCCGGUCUCGUACAGGGACUUGCCGUCACUUCUACCGACGGACUUUGUGGGGGAGCCUCAGGCCUUACGUGCAUGAGCUCUAUAUUCGGCAACUGUUGCAGCAAAGACGGCUACUGUGGAGCCACUGCCGAUUACUGCGGCGCAGGAUGUCAGUUGGAGUUCGGUCUAUGCGAGAAGACUGAAGGCGCAGUAUCUCAAGAUGGGACUUGCGGCAACUCGAUGGGAUUCACCUGCGAGGGCUCCAAGUUCGGCGAGUGCUGCAGCCAGUACGGGUAUUGCGGCUCUACCGACGCCUACUGCGGUGACGGAUGCAAAGACGGUUACGGCAAGUGUGGCGCCUCACUUCAAGAGAGACAGGACUAUGCAGUCCCGCCCCCGGCGACUUCAAGCGUGGUGGCGCAACCCUCGCCAGUACCGACCAACAACGCAUCGAAUUCAGGCCAAGGCGACCCUGCAUGCUCGGCAAAACGAUCAACAUCUCAGCUGGCCGGCCGGACAGACUCCUGCGUUCGAUGCGAGGGUCAACCUGGAGACGAUCAGUUCUGUGGCUACGACAUCCAUACCGAUUACUACAAGCAUGUGCCGAAGACCUGCAGGACUGUCGAAUACACCCUGGAGAUCACCAACACCACAAUCGCUCCCGACGGUAUUCCCAGGAUUGCCCUGCUGGUGAAUGGCCAGAUGCCAGGGCCGCUCAUCGAGGCCAACUGGGGUGAUACAGUGAAGGUCACUGUAAUCAACAAGAUGCAAGACAAUGGUACGACGAUACACUUCCACGGUAUCAGGCAACACUUCACCAACCAAUAUGACGGAGUUCCGUCUGUCACUCAAUGCCCGAUUGCGCCCGGAGAGUCGAUGACCUACACUUGGGUCGCUGAAUCCUAUGGCUCUUCGUGGUACCACUCGCACUACGCCAUCCAGACCUGGGAGGGUGUUUUCGGCCCUGUUGUUAUCCAUGGACCCAGCAGCCCGGAAAGGCAAUACGAUGUCGAUGCUGGACACAUCAUGCUCCAGGACUGGAGCCACUGGACUGUUGACUCCCAAUACCACGCCGCCCAAGAUGCGACACCCGGCCACAAUGGUGGGGCUCGUGUCAUGGACAACGGUCUUAUCAACGGCAAGAACACGUGGGGAAAGGAGGGCUCUUACAAUUCGACCGGAGAGCGUUUCAAGAUGACGGUUACCAAGGGAAAAUCGUACUUACUGCGCGUUAUUAACGUUUCGAUUCAAUCCACUUUUAAGUUCCAUAUUGACGGCCAUUCUUUCACGGUUAUCUCUACCGACUUCACGCCCAUUGUUCCAUAUGAUACCAACAUACUCAACGUAAAUAUUGGUGAACGCUACGAUGUAAUUGUACAUGCCGACCAAGAGGUUGGCGACUAUUGGAUGCGCUCCGACAACCAGAACACCUGCGCUGGCAUCAAACAAGCCCUCGACAUCAAGGGCAUCUUCAGCUACGAAGGGUCCAAGGGCAGUACGCCAACCACAGCUGCUCAACAGUACACGACCGAAUGUACAGAUGAAGAUCAUUCCCUGCACGUACCUAUCCUGCCGUUCGACGUCUCCGAGCCGGAUGUCACUUGGUACGGCGAUAUAACGGUUGAACAACCCAACAACCUUUUCCGGUGGUUCAUUUCCGGCAACACGUUCAGUGCCAAGUGGGACGACCCGACUGUGCUCGGCAUCCUCGACAAUGGCCAGCCUCCCAGCUACAGCGGUGACCUGCUGAUCAAUGCACCCAACGAGGGCGAGUGGGUUUACAUCGUUGUCGAGAGCGAGAUUGCUCUGCCGCACCCGCUCCAUCUCCAUGGUCACGACUUCUACAUCCUUGCCACCGGCACAGGUCGCUACGAUGCAAGCGUGCCGCUGCGGCUGAAGAACCCUUCGCGCCGCGACACGGUACUCAUGCCGGGCCUGGGCUUUGUCGUUGCAGCAUGGAAGGUCGAGAACCCGGGCGCAUGGCUGAUGCACUGUCACGUGGGCUGGCAUAGCGCCAUGGGUUUCGCGGCGCAGGUGGUCGAGAUGCAAGAUCAGAUCGGCGGUACUUGGGACGACGGCGGCUGCGAGUUGAAGAAAACGUGUGCUGCUUGGAAAGCAUGGCAGGACGGGAGGGGAUUGAUGGCUGAGGAUUCUGGCGUAUAA